AUGGGGAAGAAGUCUCUGGAGGAGAGAGUGACUGAGGAAGCAAUGUAUUUGUGUACUGAAUUCAAGUCUCACAGAGGUCACCCAUUUGACCCUUGCUACUUUAUUAACAAUGCAGUUAGCAACGUGAUUUGUUCCAUAGUAUUUGGAGAGCGUUUUGAAUAUGAUGAUGCUAAGUUUCUACAACUUCUACACCUUUUUGAUGAAUCUUUAAGGGCUGCAUCUGGAUUCUUAGCACAGAUUCUAAAUGAAGUUCCUUGGCUAAUGAAUAUUCCAGGGUUAGCUAAUCGUGUUUUACAAGCACAAUAUAGUUUGAAUGCUUUCCUCAGGGAUAUCAUUACAGAACACAAGAAAAGUUUUAAACCUGAUAAUAUCCGUGAUUAUAUUGAUGCCUAUCUACUGGAAAUUGAAAAGGCAAAAGGUGAAGAGAACACUAGUUUCAAUGAGACUAAUCUUUUCUUAACAACAUGUGAUCUAUUUGGAGCUGGCACAGAAACCACAAGUACAACACUGAGAUGGGCUCUCAUUUACAUGCUACUCUAUCAGGACAUCCAGUCCAAAGUCCAUGAAGAAAUUGACCGAGUGAUUGGAAGAGAGAGAAAACCAACAAUGGAAGAUCUCCUUGAAAUGCCAUAUACUAAUGCUGUGAUUCAUGAAAUACAGCGCUGUGGGGAUAUAAGUCCCUUAGCUUUGCCCCAUAUGACCUACAGAGACAUGGAAAUUCAAGGAUAUUUUUUACCAAAGGUAAAGCUGUAUUUAUAG